AUGGCGGAGGCGGCUUUGAACGCCAUGCGGAGGGAGUUACGAGCAUUCCCGGCCGCGGUUAGGGAGCUGAGCGUGCCUCUUGCUGUGCCGUACUUGGAUGAGCCACCAACUCCACUUCACUUCUACCGGGACUGGGUCUGCCCCAACAGGCCCUGCAUCAUCCGCAAUGCCCUGGAGCACUGGCCGGCCCUCCAGAAGUGGUCCCUCCCCUACUUCAGAGCCACAGUGGGAUCCACAGAGGUCAGUGUAGCUGUGACCCCAGAUGGUUAUGUGGAUGCGGUGCGAGGGAACCGCUUUGUGAUGCCCGCUGAGUGCCGCCUACCCCUGAGCUGUGUGCUGGAUGUGCUGGAGGGUCAGGCCCAACACCCAGGAGUCCUCUAUGUGCAGAAACAGUGCUCCAACCUGCCCACUGAGCUGCCCCAGCUGCUGUCUGAUCUGGAGCCCCAUGUGCCUUGGGCCUCCGAGGCUCUGGGAAAGAUGCCCGAUGCUGUGAACUUCUGGCUGGGGGAGGCGGCUGCAGUGACAUCUUUACACAAGGACCACUAUGAGAACCUCUACUGUGUGGUCUCAGGAGAGAAACACUUCUUGUUACAUCCGCCCAGCGACCGGCCCUUUAUCCCUUAUGGUAUGGGAUGUGGCCUACAGGGGCUGUGGAACAGGGAACAAGUGGGCUACUGGUGGGGAGGGUCUGGCAAAUUCCAGGUCAUUUGA